CUUCUGAGCCAGAUUGAGCACAACCUGCCGAUGCCUCCGCACUUGCUGACUCGCCCUCUCGUUGACGCCAUCAAGGCCGAACUCGAGAGGCUCUUCCUGGAUAAGGUGGUUGUGAAUCUCGGUCUCUGCGUGUCCGUCUAUGGCAUCCUUGCCGUUGAAGGCGGAUUCAUCUUUCCAGGAGAGGGCUGCUUGACGUAUAAAGUUUCAUUUGGGUUAUUGAUGUUCAGGCACUUUAUUUGGGAGGUCCUUGUUGGGAAGAUCAGUGGAUAUGACGAGAAGGGUUUACAAGGUGACUUGACAAAUUUUUCAUAA